GUAUAAUUUCUUGAAAGCUUCACGGCUGAAAUCUCAGAAUGAACGAGAAAAUCGCUUUAAAUUUAUCAUUAAACAUUCUUAAUACUUUAUUUUAGCUAUUUCGACAUGGUGCGAUGGGUACCUAUGGAGAGCAACCCGGACGUCUGGAAUAAGUUUAUGAAGGAAAUGGGAGUUUCCGGCGCCUGGAAGUUCGCGGAUGUUUUCGGAUUAAUACCGGAGUUGCUGAUGUGGGUGCCGCAACCGGUGGCUGCAGUAAUCCUACUCUAUCCUAUCUCAGAGAAUACAGAAAAGUUAGGGAAGGAGAUGCUAGAGGAAACUAAAGUAGUGAGCGAUAAUGUGUUCUUCAUGCGACAAACUGUUGGAAAUGCUUGUGGCACAGUGGGCAUACUACAUUCACUUUUAAACAAUUCAGAUGUUAUUUCUAUUGGGGAAACUCUGACUAAAUUCCAGAGUGACUGUUCGACAGUGGAUCCAACAGCGAGAGCUGCUUUGUUGGAGAACAGCGAUGUGAUAGCCAGCAAGCACGCAGCUGCUGCGUCUUCAGGACAAACUGCUGCACCGAGUGCGGACGAGAAGAUCAACCUUCAUUUUGUGGCAUUUGUCCGUGUCGAUGGCUAUAUGUAUGAAUUGGACGGGAGGAAACCAAAUGCGGUUAGUUGGGGACCGUGUCAGAGUGAUGAACUUUUAAGUAAGGCAGCCAGAACCUGUCAAGCUUAUAUGGCCUGUGAUCCGCAGGAAAUGAGAUUUACAGUGGUUGCAUUGAGCAAAACUGAUUGAAUUUAUUUUUGUAUGUUUGAUGAAUCACAGAUCGCUUUUAAAAUCGACAGUUUCUAUGAUAACACAAAGUAUUUGUAGUUUCCAUUUGUAAAUUUUGGUUUAGAUGAGUAGAAGAAGUAGGAUUUAACGAUAUUCUUGCCAUAGAUCGGAAUUAAUUUGUAUACUUCGAAACCAUGAAGGCAUCUCGAUUUAAUUUCAGCAUUUAAACAAAUUCGAUCUCAGCAAGCUAUAUUGUUACAUCCGAUCUUCUCUGAACAAAGUAAACGAGAUAACUUCAGGGAAUUAUUUACAAAAUGAAUCUGAAUAAUAAACAAAUAAAUACAAAUUUAAUCUAUCUGAUGUCAACUUUAAGAAUCUGGAGUGUGCAUGUUGUUCAAGCCUCUACAGCCUCCGCCUUUUUGAUGUCUGCUGAGCUUUCCACAGUCUUCACCGGUUCGGGUUCAGCUGGUUUCUCAAUCUCUUCGACUUCCUUGACUUCUUCAUCUUUCGAGUCUUCUUCAUCCUUAGAGUCUUCUUCAUCUUUCGAUUCAUCAUCCUCGGAAUCUGUUACUCCGUUGGUUUCGGUCUUGGCUUUCUUGGUCUGCGGCUCGUCUUCGGAUACUUCAGCUGAUCUCUUCUCACCAUCGUCUGUCUCAGGUGUAGUUUCUGCGACUUCCUCCGCUUUCGUCUCCUCGACGGGUGUGUCUUUCACGGGGGAAGAAUGGGCCAUCGUAAAUUAACUGUUGUAACUUUCAAUACUUUGAUCAAA